GUUGCAGGACAUGUCAUCAAAUUGAUAUGAUUAUGAUGUCUUAAGGAUCUUAUGAAAUGAUGCAUGCGUUUAGGAACUCCCUAAGAUCUGUUUUCCAUGAGGAGCUAGAGACAAAAAGUUAGGAGAACCUCAGGACAUCUUAAGUUGAUCAGUUUUUCAUGAAUUUUACGAGGCAUAAUAAACUGUGCCCCCAAAGCAACCGCGGCCAACCAGAAACAUUCAAAUUUAAUAUUCAAUAACAUUCGCUAUAUAUCGAUCAGUUAAUUACUUUUAGUUUCGAGGCAGACAAUUUUUUAAAUUGGUUUUUGGUAUGCCGAAAGAAUUGAUUUAUUUGUCGCAAAGACAAUUACGUCGGAGGGUGCACAAAAGUGUAGCUGCAACAUUGAACAAGCUCAGAAAUUCUGAGCCAAAACAAACUCCAGUUAUUUCACAUUCAUUAAUAAACAAAGAUACAUCAUGUUUAAUUAGCUCCCCUGAAGUCAGUGAAAAUAAUCAACCAGUUCCCAUUCCUCAACUAAAACCAAUCGAAGUCAAACUGGAUACUUGGACUGUGAGUGAAAGUGAUUCAACUGAGAACGAGGAAAGUGAAAACGAAAGCGAAUUAUUGUGCGACGAAUUAAAAUUGUGGUCAAAUAAGAACUUAAUUUCUCAAUCAGCAACGGGUGAUUUAUUGAAAAUUUUAAGAAAACAUAAGUGUUUCGAAUCUCUUCCAGCAGAUGCAAGAACAUUGAAGGGAACCUGUCGUAAUUUUGAAGUAAAAGAAAUUCCUCCAGGGCAGUACGUUCAUUUAGGAUUAGGCAAUGGAAUCAAAUCAUUUAUCAGAAAUUUUUGUGAAAAUAAAGUGCCAAAAUCAAUAGAACUUUUAGUUAAUAUUGAUGGAAUUCCCAUUUCAAAAAGUAGCAAAAGUGACCUUUGGCCAAUACUGUGCUGUGUUCGGGGUGGAGAUUUUUCUUUUGUACCUAAACCAUUCGCCGUUGGAAUUUUUCAUGGACCAGGAAAACCCAAAGAUCAAAAUGUUUUCUUGAGUGAAUUUGUGACUGAGGCAAAAGAGUUAAUUACUAACGGUUUAGUUGUCGACGGUCGUAAGAUCUGCGUAAUAAUUUUUGGCUUUAUUUGUGACGCCCCCGCAAGGGCAUUUAUAACGUGCACGAAGUAUCAUUCAGGUUUCUCAGCAUGUAGUAAGUGCAAACAAGUUGGGGAACGAUAUGACAAUAGAGUUAUAUUUUCUAGCUCAUGUCAUCAACCAAGACAAGAUAGAGAUUUUCAUUUAUGCGACGAUGACGACGACGAUCAUCACCGGGGAAAAACAAUUUUGAGUGACCUGGGGGUUGGAUUAGUUAGCCGAGUGCCGUACGAAUUUAUGCAUUUAAUUUGUUUAGGUGCAACUAGAAAAUUGCUAAAAUUAUGGACAACAGGAAAGCCAAAGUAUUUAAAACUCAGUGGAAAAGUGAUGAAUGAUAUAACAUGUGCAUUAAUUAAACAGCAGAAGUACGUUCCCAGCGAUUUUAAUCGACGCCCACGAGAAUUAAAUGAAUUAGCAAGAUGGAAAGCCACAGAGUAUAGACUAUUUAUUUUGUAUGUAGGACCGGUGGUACUAGAAAAACAAAUACCAAAUAAAUACUAUGAACAUUUCCUUGCUCUUCAUCUUGCAGUUUUGAUAUUUACAAACACUGGUUUAAUUUUAAAAUAUGGAGAUUAUGCAAAUACGCUUUUACAAUAUUUUGUUCGAAAUUUUGCAACUCUUUACGGAAAGGAAAACCUAUCGUAUAAUAUUCAUGGGUUAUUACAUGUGCACGACGACGUAAAAAUUUUUGGAAAUUUAAAUGAAUACAGUGCAUUUUGUUUCGAAAAUUAUUUGGGGCAAGUUAAAAAUCUUGUCAAAAGUGGAAAUCGCCCAUUGGCUCAAGUGUGCAGGAGAUUGUUAGAGCGGGAGGCACAAUCGCAGAAGAAGCAAGGCAGUCAAGUCAACAAGGGACCAAGUUCAACUAAUAAAAUUAUUACAGUAAAUUUCAAGAAUUCUUUUUUAAAGGCAGAUGGUAGAAAUUGUUUUUGUAAGUUAAGAAGUGGUCAAUUAAUUAAAAUUACUCAAAUUACUAAAACGGAGGGUGGCGAAAUACUUUUAGUUGGUAAAGAGUGCAUCGAUUUACAAUCAUUUUACACAAAGCCGUGCAAUUCUAUUGACUUGGGUGUUGUGAGUUUCUCAAACUUUGAUUCUCCUAGAGGCUGGGAUUUUAAAGAGUUGGAAGAAAAAUACUUUGUGUUGUUACGACAAGAUAACACAUUUGUUGGCUUUCCUCUUCAUAUCGACUAAAAUGAAGUUUGCUAUCGUCCAUUUCGUCCUAACAAACGACGUCGCCGUGAUUCCAACUUCCUGGAUUGUGUUAAAGAAUGAAGCAUGGUGGCCACCUUACAAAAGUAGUACAAGAAUUAUGACGGCAGUAAUGAAUGCAGAAACGGUCGGAUCAACUUGGCCGAAGUACCAAAUCAGGGUGAUUAAGGAAUAUGGUUAGUAAAUAAAAUAUUUUUAAAAAGAUAUUUUUAAAAAGCCACAAAAUUUAAUAUUACUAGACUCAUACGAGAAAGCUCGAAGCAAUCUGAAGAAGUCCGAAUCAACAUCCAAUUUGGAGUCGGAAGCUGAAGCGGCGCCAAAAUCUCGAGGGCCCAGGUCAAAAAAAGUAUUUUCUGCAGCACUUAAUCCUCAUCGGAAUAAACCAACCAGCAUUGAUUCCGACAGUGAAUGGGAGAGUGAUGAUGGAAAAAUUGGUAAUGUUUCGCCCCCACCUUCGCUCCCACGCUCACCCGGUCCGGCACCUCGGUUUUCUCAAGCAAUUGGUUUGCUAUCAAUUGCUGAAGGAAGUGGAACUAGUAUCACAAGCAGGAAAUCAACAUCGAGUGCUCAAUCCACUCCAGCCAAAUACACUCCUUUGAAAAGUCCAAAAAAAAAACUUAUCCCAAGUUUUAGCGGUGCCGAAAUUAGGAUCGGAGCACGAUCAAAUGACAAUGUGCCGUUUGAUGAGUUCGUUGUUAAAGCUUUGAAGCGCUUGCACCAAAAGGUCGAUCUUCAGGGUCAACUACUAGUAAAAAUUGUGAAUUUUAUCGAGGCGGGCACUGCAGGAAGUGCUGCACAGUUUGGACAGGAGGAGUUUACAUUUGAAUUUCCAAUGAAUUUGAUGGAACAGGUUGACAAUUUGGAGACAAUAAUCAAAGAUCCCAUUGAAUUCAAGAAAUUGGUACAAUUUUUAUAUUAAUUAAUUGUAAAUUAAUUGACAAUAGCCCACUUAACAAUUAAUCCAUGUAGAUUACUCAUCUUGAAUGGCUUGGCGGAAAGAACUAUAAUGAAAAUAUGAAGAAAAUACUCGAAUAUCUUUUCACGAAUGAACUCGCUUCUCAGUUUGCAUGGGAAGGUAUUAGAAAAAUUAAUCCAAAACGAGCGUUCAAGGAUUUGAAACUUAAGGACGCCAUAUUUGGUGAGCUAAAUUUUUGAUGAAGGACUUUAUAAAUAUAACAUACACCUAUUGAAAUUUUGAAUAUUUUAAUUUCUAGGUGCCAUUAGAAAAAAUCGCCUUAUUAAAUCAGUUACUGAGAACGAACUGAAGGUGAAGGGGGCAUCGUGGUUACAACAUGCUCCUGAUCGUAUUAAGGCAGAUGCAAUUGCCGCAGAGAAACAAGCUCAACGACAGACUGGCUCAAACUCUGUUGCAGGCAGAAACUAAUUUUUUCAAAUUAAUUAAUCCGUUGUUUAUGUUUUGAAAUUUUUGUUUGAUUUUGAUUAUAAUUGUUUGAGAAUAAAUCACUCAAAAGGCUUUCUGGAAAUAUUUUGUUGAAAUUAAUUGGUCAUAUAAAUAUAUUUCAUGGAAACCAUUAGGAUGUAUUUUUGGGAUGCCUUUUGGACGUCCUCUACUGAUCAUAGGAAGAUAUCAUCUUCGCGGACAUUUGUGCAUCUAUAUGACGUCCUAAAGUGCACUUACGUCCUGAUUUUGAGAUCUUGGGGACGUAUGUUAGUCAGGCGCAUGAAAUCUUUCUGACCACUAUAAGAUAUACUUUGGCCGGUUGGGUAUUGAUAUCUU